AUGGGCACCCAAGCUGCCCCACAACAAGGAAUGAUGGAGGAACCCGAGGAACGAUGGAUGGUCCUCCACGAAGCGAGGGGUUGUAGGAGGUGUUAUAAGAGGGGAGAUGCACUUUGCACCUUUCAAAAGAACAUCGCAGAAAUUUGCAGACAGAAUGAAGAAGCACUCAGGAAAUUCCCAUUUAAUCCCAAAUUGGGAAUUGAUAAUCCAGCUUUGUGCCUUGGAGAGGAUACAGGCUCUGAUCCUGAACCUGAGGCCCGAUUCUGUGUCCUGAGGAAAGAUCCUGGUGGCUCUUUUGGGUUCAGCUUGCAGAUAGUGCAAGGAAGAGACGGACAUGUUAUAUAUAAAGUGGUCCCUGGUGGUCCAGCUCAUCUUGGAGGCCUGAGAGAUGGAGAUCUACUUCUGCAGAUCAAUGGAGAAUAUGUGCACGAACAGGAGCACCUGAGGGUGGUACAAAAAGUGAAGUCCAGUGGCUCCCGUCUGUCACUUGCUGUUUUGGAUGAGGCAUCUUAUGCAAAAGUGCACUCCAGUCACAAGACGCCAGCUUCAGUUCUUCCCAAGGGUCUCCCUGAUUCUUGCCCACGCCCGCGGCUUUGUCUUAUACGAAAUGAAGGUCGAGGCUUUGGGUUCACUGCUAGUGCCACAGGUGGUGUACGAGGAACAUUUUUGCUAACAGUGGAAGAUGGGGGUCCGGCACAUAAGGCUGGCGUUCCCCCUGGUGCCCGACUCCUGGAGGUGAAUGCAGAGAGUGUGAUCAGCAUCACUCUGAGCCAGCUCACUAAGAAGUUGCAGAGCAAUAAUUCUCGAGUGGUCCUUCUAGUAUUGGAAGCUUCUGCAUGGGAUGUAUAUGAAUAUCAUGGCAUUACCCCAACUUCAGCACUUGCAGACACUUCUUUCCUUCCUUACCGAACACGCAAAUUGCAUCUAGUACGGGGUCCAGAAGGAUAUGGCUUUCUCUUAAGACAAGAGAAGUGUCUAGGAGAAUCAGGUCAAUACCUGCGUGAACUGGACCCGGGGCUACCUGCAGAGGUGGCUGGAAUGCGAGAGGGAGAUCGUUUAUUGGGAGUCAAUGGACACAACGUAGAAGGAUUAGAACAUGAAGACAUUGUGUGUUUAAUACAGGCUAGUGGCAAGCAAGUCACACUGAUUGUCAUCAGCAACGAAGGAGACAGGUUUUACAGAGAGAUUGGAAUUUCCCCUCUGCUGUUCUAUGAAGGUAAUACCGAUAAUGGCGGUAUGAAAUUAGCUAUUCCUGCACAGUCUGCAUCUACAGAUCCACAGAUGAAAGUGAAUGCCUUACCUGAGAGAGACCAUAAAGCUCAAAUAACGCAUACAGAAGUGCAAAGAAGUGAAGAAUGAUGAGUAACCAAAAUAAUCAUAAAACUGCUAAAAAGAUGACAGUCACCAAGAAAAACCCCAUGGGCACUAAUUGCAGCAACAAUUGUAUCCUCUAAUUGUACAUUUCAGAAUGCCAUGUGCACAUCUGGGAAUCAGCACUUUAAUGGAAUUAUAUUUUUCUAAAGAGUAUCUGCCCUACUAGUUGGGCUAACUAACCUAUAUGACUCUUAACUGA